AUGAGCAUUCGUAUGGGUGACAUAGCAGCCAUGCAGCAGGUGCAGUUGUGUGAAUUCAGAGGUGGGCAUGAAGAUGUCGAGCCCAAAGUUGAGCAGCUGAUGAAUAAACUUAAAAGGAUGCAACAAGGUAAGAGAGCUAUAGAGGAGGAGGUGAAAGAGGCCCAGUCACUCAGAGACUCUCUGCAGGAAGAACUCGAUGCCCAGUCGUGCAUGGUGCUGCAGUUCCAGUGUGAAGAGAUGGAACAGGACUCUACCAGGCAGCAGCAGCUUAACAGGAAGAGUGAGGACCUGAUAGAACAGUACAGAUGUCAGAUCCAGGAGACUAAGCUCAAACACAGGAAACACCGGAUGAAGUUUGAAAACCAGCUCCAGCAGCUGAUAGAGCAGCAUAAGAACCUGCACUCUGUCUUUAGCCCAGACAGACUGCCUGCUGAAAUAGAGAGCGUUGAAAACGCCAAGUCUCAGCUGCUGAAGGCUGAACAGCUGAAGUUGUCUCAGCUCUGCCAUCUAGAAGAGGCGCUGGAUGAGGCCAGGAGGCAGACUUCGACUGACACAGCAGACAAACACACAGACUGA